UUGCUCAUGGUUUUGCUUGAAGUUGGCAGGCUGCAUUAGAUUAUGUAGAUCAGCAGUUGGACCAGUACCGCAGAGAUGAGAUCGGACUAACCCGAAAGAACAUGAGAGACAACAGGGUGCACUGCUGUCUGUACUUCAUCUCACCUCAUGGGCAUGGUCUCAGACCAAUUGAUGUGGAGUUUAUGAAAGCUCUGCACCAGAAGGUUAACAUUGUGCCACUGCUGGCCAAAGCAGAUAGCUUUACCCCCACAGAGAUCAGCAAAAUGAAAACCAAGAUUAUGACUGAGAUCAACAAAAACAAAAUCCAGAUCUUUCAGUUUCCAGAGUGUGGCCCGGAGGAAGAGGAGCUCUUCAGGAAGCAGGACCAAGAGUUAAAGAGAAGUAUACCCUUUGCUGUUAUUGGGAGUAAUACAGUAGUAGAGAGCAACGGCAGAAGAGUUCGAGCCCGUGUCUACCCAUGGGGUGUUGUAGAAGUUGAGAAUCCAUUUCACAGCGAUUUUGUGCAUCUAAGGAACAUGUUGGUUCGCACACACUUGCAGGACCUGAAAGACAUGACCCAUUACACACUGUAUGAGAACUAUCGUAUACAUUUCCUGUGCAAGAACCCAUGCAUGGAGAAUGAGUAAGGCUAUACCUGCCUGAUCAUAGAAGAGGACAACGUGGCGUAUUGAAACUCGAGAAAAAAAAACACUAUCAAAUUAAAUUGAGGAAAUAUUGAGUAGGCUCACUUGAACUAAAAUCAAUAAAUACAAUUUGAGAAGAAAAUGAGGCAAAUGAUUGCUGAUUAAAUAUGAUAAAAUAAAACUACUGGCUGACUACAACAAG